UUGAAUAGGAAGGCCACACAAUUCUGCCCUGUGCAUGCCAGGCUCACAACUUUAUGCAAGUAAGUAACUGCCCCCUUGAGUCAACUUGACUGACUUCGGUGCUUGAUUUUUUUCUUUGUCUUUUUCUGUUAAAAAAAGGGGUAAGUUGUUUUAUAAUACAUUUCUAUGCCUUUCCCGUCCAAGAAGUUUUUUUCUUUAAACACAUUAUUACAAUAUGUCUGCAUAGCAUAUAUUUCUUAAGUUUUGUUCAAAUACAUUAGUGUAAAAUCUAUAAUUUUUUAACAUUCUGGCUGUAAUUACUUUGAUUAUGCAUGACGCUGUAGGAAGUUGGAGGGAGGGGGGGGGGAAGGUCCACUCCGAGAGGCGCGUUUUUUCUGUAUAGGGAAAGGAGGCAUUUUGGGCCAACUGCAGAGGUUUCUUUCGCAAGAGGAUGGCGUCAAAAAUCUUAAACCACCCCGACUGGCACGAGCCACUUUUUAUGAAGCUGAACACACUCCCCAUUUCCUAAACUUAAAUUUGAUAUAAUUAAAAUUAAAAAAAACAAAACAAACAACAACAACAUGCAUAUCAAGAAUGGAAUGUGUUAGCACGCACUUUAAAGUCAAACACCGCCACUGAAAAUGUAACUUCUCUACAUCACGCCACAUUAUUACAUUAUCCCACCUUUUCCCCAAAUCACUUCAUACCGUCUAUACAUUACUCCAACAUUAUUACAUUAUCCCACCUUUUCCCCAAAUCACUUCAUACCGUCUAUACAUUACUCCAACAUUAUUACAUUAUCCCACCUUUUCCCCAAAUUACUUCAUACCGUCUAUACAUUACUCCAACAUUAUUACAUUAUCCCACCUUUUCCCCAAAUUACUUCAUACCGUCUAUACAUUACUCCAACAUUAUUACAUUAUCCCACCUUUUCCCCAAAUUACUUCAUACCGUCUAUACAUUACUCCAACAUUAUUACAUUAUCCCACCUUUUCCCCAAAUUACUUCAUACCGUCUAUACAUUACUCCAACAUUAUUACAUUAUCCCACCUUUUCCCCAAAUUACUUCAUACCGUCUAUACAUUACUCCAACAUUAUUACAUUAUCCCACCUUUUCCCCAAAUUACUUCAUACCGUCUAUACAUUACUCCAACAUUAUUACAUUAUCCCACCUUUUCCCCAAAUUACUUCAUACCGUCUAUACAUUACUCCAACAUUAUUACAUUAUCCCACCUUUUCCCCAAAUUACUUCAUACCGUCUAUACAUUACUCCAACAUUAUUACAUUAUCCCACCUUUUCCCCAAAUUACUUCAUACCGUCUAUACAUUACUCCAACAUUAUUACAUUAUCCCACCUUUUCCCCAAAUUACUUCAUACCAUCUAUACAUUACUCCAACUUCUCCCCAACUCACAUCAUACCGUCAAUACAUUACCCCACCUUUUCCCCAACUUACUUAAUACCGUCUAAACAUUACUUCACCUUAUCCACAACUUACAUCAUACCGACUCUACAUUAACCCCACCUUAUCCAUAACCUACAUCAUAUCGUCUAUACAUGACCCCAACGUAUCCCCAAAUUACAUCAUACCGUCAAUACAUUACCCCACCUUAUCCCAAACUUACACUAAACAUUUUAUACAAUUCCUCCGUCUCUCAAUAGAGCUAAAAUUUCUCUACAUACCCCCUUCUCCCCCAUUUAAUCUAAUACUUUCUAUAUUUUACCCCACCGACUCACCAUCCUCUCCCCCAAAUACCCAAUUCCUUGUUUACCAAUUACCAUACAUAACUUCAUAUGCCAUUGAUCUCAUCUCUUCUGUACAACACCCCAUGUUAGUGCCAACUUGUCCGAUUCCUUCUAACGCUACGCUAAAUUCUCCACAGCUUAUUGUAUACUUUCUAUAACUACCAUCACCUUGUCUGCCAAUUACUAUUUACCUCAUUUGAUUACCCCACCUUCUCUCAAGCCUACCCUAUAUCUUGUAUACAGUAUCCGUUAUUCUACCCACAUACGCUUGACCUUCAUUGCAUUACCCAACCUUCUCCUGAAGUUAUCGUAUACCUUCUAUACAGUACGCUAAUUUAUCCCCACCUACUUUAUAACUUGUAUAUCUUACCCCACUACCCCCCCCCCUGACUCUGUACCUUCUUUACCUUACCCAACCUCUUCCCUAAAUGAGCAGCCUUAAAAUUACUGUACACAAUGUUGUUAUCUUUAUCUCGUUUUGGACCAUGUCUACUGCUGGCAAAAAAAAAUGAUCAACAUUUUUUUUUUUUUAAUCAACUGUAGAGCUGAAGGUGCAAUGGAUAUACAACUGAGGUACCGAGGCCAAGGAUGCGCUAAGAACACGUUUGAUCAGGUUCGUAAACAAGAUCUGACGAGUGAAAUUAUGUUGUCGUUUUUUAAACUGUAAGUCUUAGUUUGUCCGUCGAAAUCGGUCAAGGCUAUCUUAAUAAUCCGAAAUUGACUUUUUCUGUUUGUGGGUGCGCAGAUGGCUAAUGAGACCGAUCCCGGCACAAAAUGUUCUUGUGCAGUAGGUGCAGGGCAUUGACGGGACAACUACACGUGCAGAGUUAACUUGGGCUUUGAGGAUAUGCAAAUUUGAUGAAGUCGUAUAUAGAUAUUUUCUUUUGGUGCUGUCAUAAUUAUCAACAUUCAUAUAUAUAUUUACCUUUAAAAAUUGAAUAACAUUUAUAAAAAUAUUUAACAUUCUUUCAACAACAUAUCUACAUAAAUUCAUUGAUCUAUAGAUAUUGUUUCCUUGAAAAUUUAACAUUAUUUCAGUAUUAAAUAUUUGUUCAUCAGCACGCCAACAUUCAUGUAUUUAAUUAUCCUUGUCCAUCUAUCUAUAGACGCCUUAAUGGAACAAAAUUGUCUUUGCCUGGGUCCCCUACAUCCUAUCCAAAGAAAUACACCUUCAUGCUCUAUAUGAGUCUGAUUUGUACAAUAAUAAAUAAUAUGAACACUGAUCCACGUUAAUUAAUGGCCUUGGUUCACAGGCUUUUAAAUUAAUAAUUGCCACGCACUUGUUCGGAAAAUGAAUGGCGUUAUUAGCUACAUUAGAGACUGUUAACACUCCGAAUUCUUAACUUGACAGAAAUAUGUUCCUUCCCACAAAUGGGAUUUACAGACAACAUGUGGCGUUUCCAAAACCACCAUCUCAAUACAUUUUUCCAAAACUGACUCUCACAAAAAGUCGAUGCAAUCUCUGCUAUACAAAAUGAGCAAACAUUUUUAUUGUUUGUUUUCAAAGCCCCGGUCAAAUGAUCACUCAUUAGUUAGACGUGGCUGAUUUCAAUGAUCACUCAGUACUUAGACGUGGCUGAUUUCAAUGAUCACUCAGUACUUAGACGUGGCUUAUUUCAAUGAUCACUCAGUUGUUAGACGUGGCUUAUUUCAAUGAUCACUCCGUAGCUAGACGUGGCUGAUUUCAACUACCAUAUAUUAACAAAAUACACAAGAAAUGACAGUAUAAGAACACGUCACAUGAUCUGACCGUCCCACACGUACUUUCAUUCAUCCUCUAUACUGCAUUGCUUCUGCACAGUUCCAGCCAAUCAGCCAUUUAACGAACAACUCAACACGGUUUUUACAUUUAUCAUGUAAUUAUUUUUCAUCCAUUAGUUAAUCUAAUCAUAAAACUUUUCCUUUAAGAUCAUUGUUUAAAAUACAUUUAUCUCUAUUCAUCUGUUCAGAGAAAUCUCCAUAGUAUUCUACCACAGGCCUUAGCUCAGAGUUUCGGCAUCAGGAACAGUAAUCAUAUUUCCGAUCUACCAAAGUUAGUAUGUCCAGUCAUCACUGUUCGUAUAUUUUUGCUACCUUUGUAAAAUUUCGUUACCGUAGUUCGUAAUGUUUGGCUAGCUUUCAACCACUGUAUGUGGAAUCAUCAAGACACAAUAGAUAGUUGGCCUGUGACACACACAUCAGUGACGAGAUGCAGCCCUCAACAUGUAUGAAGUGCAGCUGCUUCAGAGACCAUGGAAGGGUUUUCCAAAAUCCGUCUAAACGUUUUCACAGUGGUUCUGCCCAUACGAGAGAAAUAAAUGCAUUGUAUGGUUCGCUCGUCCUAUACCAUACUGGAGGGCAACAGAAUGAGGAGCUUUCACGGCCCUGUGGAAGUACAGCGUCGAAUUUCGAUGCGGAUCUGGAGGCUAUGCAAAGCGCUCUGGAAACUGUGCAUCACAAGUAAUUGUUUACUCCGACUCUUCAUCUGGUCUUCAGAUCCUGAGUAAGGAGGCGGGUACCAAUCACUUUGUUGGCGCCAUUUUAAAUGUCGUGCGUAAGAUCAGUGAACCCGGAGCACGGUAACAGCACAGUGGAUUCCAGCGAACGCUGACAUCAUGGGCAAAAAAAAAGCAAAGAUUGUGGCAAAAUCGGGGGGGGGGGGGACCUGCCGGGCUUUUCCCAAAAUAUCAGAAAAAAACAUGUAACAAAAAAAAGGAAUAUAUGAGGGGAAAAAAAAAAAAGCAAAGAUUGGGGCAAAAUCGGGGGGGGGGGGGACCUGCCCGGCCUUUUCCAAAAUAUCAGUAAAAAACAUGAUACAAAAAAAAGGAAUAUCACAAAUGGUUAGCAGAUGAUUUUAGCGCAUAAAAGUACAGUCAGUGGGCAAACAGCAUCAAAGCCAAAGGUGUAUUCUCUACUAAAAGACAAGAUACUUAUUUUUGGCUAGGUAGUAGGCAGCAGGGUAUGGUGAAAAUGAUGUGUACCAACCACUAUUCCAUCUAGACCAUUACAGGGAUCCUACAUGCCGGUAUUGCGGCCUGGUUCCGGAAACUCUAGCUCUUUUGCUGACCGAAUGCCCGUCACUAGGUGUUUCGGGGGAGGUUAGGACGGUAAAAGAGCCAAACGUGAGGAAGAUUUUAUAAGGUUCAGCUCAGCAGAUGGGGUUGAUUGCCAAUGUGCUAGCCGGGAUUGUAAGAACGUAAUAUCAAUCCCUUAUCAAAUUAUGUAUGUUUUUUUUAAAAUUAAGUUACUUUAUUGUGUAUGGCUUAGUCGUAUGACAUUGAGAUGUUUAGACAUAUUGGAACCAAAAUUUAAUCUAGAAAUGAUAUUCUCAAUAACAUUAGUCAUAGUAAUAUUUAUUUCUUAACAUAGAGAUUAUGAUAUUUGCACUAACCCUAGGCAUGCUUAUAAUUUAAAUUACUCUAGACAUGCACAUAAUUACACUUACUCUUAGACCGUCAGGCAAACAUGUGAACAUACAGAUGAGCAAAGUGGAAACACAUACUUCACUAAUGUCAAAAGUCUCUAGAGAUCCCAAUAGUAAUAUCAUAAAAUAUUUUUGUCACUGACUCACGUGUUUGAUCCAGCAGACAGUUUGACGUCAAGUCUUACCACCCUUACACGUGCCGAGAUGUCCGUCAGUUUUGUCUGCCUAACUAUAGAGACUAUGAGGUAGGUGCUGAAACUGCAUAUUACAUGUCACACACGUUUUAUAGAGGGAAAAUCCGUCUCUGUCCUAUCAAGAUGUGUUUUCACAACCUUGUCCCACAGUCUCACCACAACAAAAUGAGCUUAACACGGCUUAAUUUUGGGCCCAAUCAAAUAAUUUUAAUAAUAUUGUUUAGAUUUCAUUUAAAUUAUUUAAUUGUUAUUGUUAAGAGCAACUAACUGUAAAAGCGGUUCAAUAGCUAGUUGUAAGUAUUAAACAAGUCUUCGACCAAUAUUACAUAUUAGAAAUAUUUGACUCGAUGUAAAUCGGAUAAUAAUGGAAGGCGUUGUAUGACACUUUAAACUUGUAUUGGAAAGCCAUAACAUCUGACAAUAAAAAAUGUAGGCAUAUAAAUAUUCCUUGAACUAUAUAUUUACUAAAUAGUUAAUCAGACUUUAUUUGUUUUAAAAAGAAGUAUUGAGGUUUUGUUGUCAUUAUCACUUGUAACAGAUAUAGUUAUUUUCAUUAUAAUCUAUUCCUACACUACAAAUGAACAGGACGCUGAAUUUACAAAAACAAAAAAACAAAACAACUACAAAAAAUUAAACAACCCAUGUCCUUUAACUUACAACAAAAAAUUGAAUACCAUUUUAAACAACUUUAACAUUAACGGAAUUUUUUAAAGUCGUGUCUUAAUUAAAUAGUAACAAACGCUUCAGAAAAUCAUAAAACUCAGAAUUCUAAGCAUUCAAUAAUAUCUCAGCUAAUUUUAAAGUCUUUAACAGCGUUGAGUUGCCUUUUUUUAAAUUUAAAUAUCAUUAACCUCAUAAAAAAUGUUAACUUAAUGUUUUUACAUUUCAUUUUCGCUAAAGGGAAACAAAUGUAAUUUAAUAUUUUGAAAGAAUAUUUUAAUACGUAUUUGUUUUUACUUUUGGUGUUAAAUUUUUCUUGUGAGUAAAAGCGGGUGAUGUUUAUUGCAAUGAAAAUGUUCCCACUCUCUUUCUUUGAUGCGUAAUAUGUAUUUUCAAGAAAUAUUUACAAUAAAUUGUUUUAGGUAAGCGUUGUUUAUCCCUAUAAAUAUGUGCCUACUCUUGAACUGUAAGAAAAAGAUAUGACACAAUUUUUGUAUUGAUCCAAACAAAGGGAAAUGUUUGUUUUUUUAUUGCAUUGCAUAUUUUCAGCACAUAAAUAAAACAAUUUGAACACAAGACAUCUAAAUUAAAUUAUUUCCCUCCCGAAAAAAGAAGCCAUUUGGUGAAAUAUCUUAUGCAUAUCAGGGACUUAGUAGUUCUCAUUUAGAUUUGUUACUUCAGGGCGAGCACGCUGGUAUAUUUCUAAAGACUGGGGAACAAAAAUAAAUGUUUAUAUCUUUCAGUCCUCGCUCUGAAAAUUUGAAAGAUUAAUUGUCCCCAGUUGCAAUGAAAAUGGCGUCUACUUUUUUCAACUUUCAAACGUUUUUGAGGUGUUGGUAUAUUUAUGUAAAUGUAUCUAUCACUUGUAAAAGCCCUUGAACUUUUAUGUUCUUAAAUUGGUAAAUCACAUCGACAAAAAUACCCAUAUUAAAACCUCUAUGUCACGACUGUAAUAUCAUCGGAUUUAAAGAUAGUGAUACACACAAAAGUAUACCCAUUGUCUUUACCCCCACAUGAAAUUUGUUAUACAGAAUGUUAAAUACAUUAUUUAAAUACAUAUGAAACUUACUAUAUACCAAUUCCCUAUUGUUAUGUAGACGACUUGUUUACGUCAUCUUUCCUCGUGAAUGAACUCUAGCUGACCCCCAAGCUCGGAACCGCAUUUAGGGUGUGGUCAACAAAAAAAUAAUUCCUUUGCCCCUGUUUACGACUAAAUAAACUUUAUAGUCUGUAUAAUUAGAAUUAUGUAGAGAUAUCUACAGAGGAAUACAAUGUUUAAGCCCGUUCUGUAAAUAUCUAUGAAACUGUCUAAAUAUACGUAUCGGAGGAUUUUUUUUUUGGAUGGCGAUUACGAUUGAGUUGUGCUAUACGAGACAGAAAUUUGUUUUAGAACUUUUGCUGUGUAAAGAUUCCUUUUCAUCAGUGUUCCUUUUAAAAACAUUGUAUCUUCUUCAACAUAUUACCUUAACAAGCAAAUCAUUAUUCUGAAAGUCAACAGAUACAAUUGUAUUUCUUUUUGAAUUUGUAAUUUAUUAUUAGCUUAAUAAAAUGCAUUAAUCGUAAUUAGCCCUAGUUUGGGUAUCGUUUUCUUUGUUUUUGUAAUUAACAUCUGGUAUCGUCUUUUGUUGAGUACUGUUUUAGAUCGAGCCAAAUACUCAAAUAAGAGAUUAAUUUCUCAAUACGAAGUAAAUAACAAAAAUUGGGUUGCUUGUCCCUGGAUACUUGAAUCCAUAUUUUUAUUUCUUUUUACACUAAUAAUACAUUUAGUGUUUAUCUGUGGAUUUUGACCCACUGUUUUCUUUAAUUUACGCGGACUAAAUUGAGAACACAAUACCAUUUUUACGAUGCCAAUAGCAGAGACAGUUACAAUGUUACAUUUUUUAAUUAACUUUUUUAUAAAUGUGUUCCUUAAGUUUAAAAAUUCAUAAAACUUAUUGUUAUAUUUUAUCAUUUUCAAAAUGGAUUUUGAUAUGGCUAACCCAUCAGUAGAGGCAUUAGACAAAUGUACAGGAAAGAAUCUAUUUUCUAUUGCUAAAAUUUAGGAAUAAAUGUAGCUGAUUGUACAUUAAUAAGACCGUGCGAGAUUUGAUAAUUGUCCACUUAGCGGAUGAUUAUAUUUUGUCUGAGGAUGAACUGUCCUCAGUCACACAAACGAAUGAUACUAGUAUGGAGCUGCAACUGAAGCUCAAUCAUAUGGAGCUAGAUGCUUAGAGACAGAAAAAGGGACAAGGAACGAGCGUUUUAAAAAAGGGAGCUAGAAUUACAAAGAGGAAAAAAAACGAGAGCUUGAACAUAUAAAGUAGGAGCUACAGAGAAAAAAAGAAGAAAACAUAAAUAACUACAAAUUAACUUAAAAGAAAUUGAAAUGACGGCAAAUUUGGGAGCAAUGGAAAAUAGACUCAUGGCUCCUGCCAGUCAAGCUUGGGAUGCAAUUAAAUUUGCUAAAGUAAUACCUAAAUUUGCAGAAAAAAAGUAGACCAAUACUUUGCACAGUUUAUAAUAACAGCUCAAAUUUCAAAAUUGCUGAAAAUAUGAGGUCUAACUUAUUGCAGUUGGAUCUGACUGGUAGGGCGGCCGAAGUUUUUGUAUACUUGAACGCGGAAAAGCGCGGGUAAUUUAUCCGUGUAAAAUCCUUAAGGAAUAUGAAUGUGUCCCCGAAGCCUACUGUAAAAAGAUUAGGGAGCUGUGGAAACUGGAUGGCCAGACUCAUGUCGAGUUCCUCCGGGAAAAAGAACGGUUCCUGGACAAGUGGCUGCACGCAAAGAACACCGAGACUGACUUCAAACAGUUCAAGAACCUCAUCCUUGAUAUAGGAGAUCAAGAAUUGGUAUUCGUACGAACACAUAUUGCAGUCCACGGCAAAGGUGAUGCGCAUACUGCAACAGUGUUAGCUGAUGACUUCACCAUCUUAUAUCACCUCUCAAAGAACCCAUUUGACGCCAAAAAUGAAAGGCACAAUAAUUCAAGAGCAUUGACUUACAUCAAACUUGUCUUCGCUUGUACGUUUCGUUAUAAAUCUUGAAACACAUUUUCAAAUUCAAAAGUUUUUGCUCUCCAGAUGUUCAUGAAACUGCAAUGAGGUUUGUCACGACUCAUCAUAAAGUUUUAUAAUGAAUAAUAAAGCUAGUAGCAUUCUACCUCUAGAGGGCGUCUUACCGAGGAUUGUGUGCAAGUUUUGACGACUCUAUAAGACUUCAAAAAGUGUUCACCUACCAAAGUCCAAACAUCUAUAUCAUAAACUACUGAUGUCAUACAAGACUUCAUGCCUUUCAUAUCGAAGGACUUGUAUCACUGCCAGUUGAUUUUUUUCCAAUUUACGACCAAUCAAAAUUUUUCGAGAUACAGGUAAUUUACAGUCCUUACCAUUUGAGGGUAACUUCCCUUGUCUGAAACAACUGCGACUGGGAGCAACAUCCUGUUACGAGGUGUAGAGCUGGGGUGAUUUGAUGUAUCUUUACUUCUCAUCAAUCUCAAAUCAGAUCUAGACUCCGGACCUGCGGUUGUUGAUGGCCGACCAACGUUAACAAUGCACGGCAUCUCGUUGCUGCUUGAGGCAAUGACUUAGCUGGUGAAAUGUGAUAGCUGAACCCAAUUGUUACUCAUGAACCUUAGUUUCUUAUUUAAUCUGAAGAAGAAAUUCCAGAAUUAUAUCCAGCAUGGGUUUUUAAUAAGGGCAAUGAGUUCCAAGAUCUCCGAAAAAUAGAUUUUACCAAAAAGUUAAUAAAUUCAAUCCUGAUAUUGAUCUGGGAAUAACCAUUUUUGCCAGUCUUAACGAAAAAUCAACUGAUCAGAAGACACCAAAACGAAUGCAGCUUUUUGAAGAGCAGAAGAGUGAUCCAGAAAUCUUUAAUCUUCGAGAGAACUCUUUGACCAAAUAAGAUGAGCAAUUGUCUGUAUGUUAUUACCUACAAGAUGAAAUACUUAUGAGAAAAUGGUGACCUGCAGACGCAAAAACUAACGAAGAAUGGAGAAUGUUUCAUCAGAUAAUAGUAGUUCCUACACUUUUCCGGACCAAAGUCCUGAACUUAGCCCACGAUUCUCCACUUUCAAGUCAUUUGGGAGUAAAAAAGACAUGUCAAUAAAUCAGAUCGCACUUCUUUUAGCUCCAAAUCGAGAAAGAUGUUGUUCGUAUUGCUUAUUACUAAUGUACGAUGAGUAAGUGAUUGAUGAGUGAAUGAUUAGUGUUCUUACAUUUAUUAUUAAUUGAAUUUUGAUUGAUAAGAGUUUGAGUGAUCAGGGAUUAGACAGAGAUUGAUUAGAGAUUAGACAGUGAUUCAUUAGGGUUUAGACAGUGAUGUCUAAAGUAUAUGAUAAUGUAACAAAACAAAAACCCUGAUGACAACAUCAAUAUAAAAAAACCCACACCGUUGAGAGACUAGCUACUUUCAAAUAUCUAGAGGCCACUAAAAAGAACACAGUGAAAUAACUACGGAUGUUAAAGAAAUGAUAACAGCAAGCAACUGUUCCAAAAAUCCUCAGUAAAUAAUGGCUCAGUGAUAGACAAUGCUUUCUAAAGAAUCCGUACAAAAUAGGAUAUAUACCAAUUGUAAAAAAUCCCAUCAACAAUGAAAAAGACUGACUGCGCUGGGCAGAAAGUAUUGAAAGGAAGCUGGUUUGUAGAGCAGCAAAAGUGAUAUAGAGGCAGAAACCUAGGAGCAGACGGCUUACCUGUCGCCCAAGAGUGAGAUUGAUCAACGAAGUAAAGAAGGAUUAACACAAGAUGGGGGUUCACGCACGAAGGCGGAAAGCUUUGGAUCGAUCCGAAUGGAAGUAUGUGGUGGAGCAAACCAGGACCUUACUUGGGCUUUAGCACCACUGAUGAUGAUGAUGACGAUAAAGAGUGGUUGAUAAAAGUAUAUAAUUUAUACCCUUCAAACAAAUGCAUAGCUGACACAGGGUUUGAGGAUUCAAAGUUUUCAUUAAAUUUUGCUUUCAGAAAAAUCUCAGUGAAAAUUCUUUUUCAAAGACUGAGCUACUGAAAAACGUGACCUGUUUCCUGAACACAAAUGAAGACUUUCAGAUUUCAGUCAUUGAUAAAAACGAGCUGUCAUUGUGGACGAAAGGCGCAGAACGACAACAGAAGGUAAAAGUUAGAUAUCAUUGCACUGUGGAUGCAGUACUUAGGAUUAACAGUUAUCCUUGAUGAAUAUGGUUUAAGAGGCGGGUAAGGGAAGGCUGUUACUGAUGAUUAAAUAUUUACACCCGUAAGGGUGUUACUCCUUGAGCAAUCGUUUCAUUCCAGCUUCAGGCCAAGCUAUUUGCUGGACUCCGGUUGGUGGGGUGGGGUGUGGAGUAAGGACGUUAAGGCAUCAGUCGGCCAGAUCCAUUGGUUGGGUUUGGUAUAGGUGCUUAGAUGCCUCUGCUGGCGGGUCAGGUGAACCUUUCGACGUGCUCGCCUUCAUGACUGACGGGGGGGGGGGGGGCCUUCAUGUGUUCGACUUCAUGGCUGACGGGUAAAACGUGUGUGGCAAUUAGUGGUAGACCAGUGUUGGUGAUUGGGCUGGGGUGGGGGUACGCUAGGAACCGCAUUUUUAGCAAAAUUUUUACUUACCAUUUUUGCAAAUGUAGAUUAGAUAAGCUAUUUAGAGAGAGAUAAGUCCAAGUUUCAUUAGCAAAGUAUGCAAAUAAAAUGAAAAUGUGCUUUUUUAAAAAAAAAAAGUUGUGUUAACUAUGUCUCGGAUUACUUGAAGACGUCAGAUUGGGUAAAGAUGCAUUCAAUAAAUCGCGCCAAACUAAAAAAUUAAUUUUUGCAAGACUGCUUGCUAUGUAACGUUAUUUUUAUAAAGAUUAAAUAGGUGUUAAUAGUUAGCUCGUAUAAGAAAUACAAUUUAACUAUAGACUAAUCAACUUUAAAGUGAAGAAAACGUUGCUAGCAUUUAAUUAAAUUUUAUUAAAAAAUUUAUAUACAAUUACAAAUGUAAGUUCAGAAGAAAACGUUAUCAACGUAUUGCAAGUGAGGAAAACUUACAUUCCUCAAAAUAGAAAUAUUUACAUAUGCAAACAAUAAUAAAAAGUCUCUAUAAGUCUCCCUAAGUCUUUCUCUAAUCAAAUCUCGGUAAUUCUAGCUGCUAAGGAACGUAGGCGCAAUUAAUAGAGGAAUUAAAUCCGAACGUUCUAGCACAUAAAAUCUAGAAUUUGCGUCAGAUGCUGGCACUAUUCAGAAGAAACGGAACGCAUUCGAAUGUAAACAAAUUCUUUUUCCAGCAAAGACAUGGGCGGGCAGUAAAUAAAAGACACCACAUUCCCUCGGUGAAGAAUAUGUCAAGGUCAAGCCAGUCUAAAAGGGGGUGGCCAAAAGUAACCCUCUGAUUAAGUUGAAAACUAGCCCUACCCUGCACUAAUCAAUAUAUAACACUGCUUAACAUGAUAACAAACAACACAUAAAACAUCCAUUGGUCAUUAUUAAUUAUUUUAUAUUUCAGUUUUUUGACAAUUAUAACAAGAAAUCCUUUCUGCAACGAACAUUGGGCUUGUAUAGCUACAAGGUAUUUGUCCGUCAUUGUAAAAGUCUAGAUCAGCGGUUCUUGACCUGUGGGUCACGACCCCUUAGGGGAUCGAAUGAUCUUUACACAGGGGUUACCUAAGACCAUCGGAAAACACAUAUUUAUUAAAUAGAAACGAAAAUAAUUGUAUGGCAGGGGGAUCACCACAACAUGAGGUACCGUAUUAAAGGGUCGCGGUUUUAGGAAGAUUGGGAACCACUGGUCUAGAUGGUCGAAACGCACGCCUAAUCGUCUUGUCUUUUAUAUUUAAACCGAAAACAUAAAUUAUUCCGAAAUUGAUCGAGCAUAACCAGCUGUUGCGUGGCUGACUUUAUUCCCUAACUUACCCACUUAUGUCAUAAAUGUGAUCUUUAGUUUUCAUGUUAAGUUUUCUUUUUUGUAUAAAUGUUAUUAACUAAAGUUCAUACGUGAUUGAACACCUCAAUACAAAGUUAAAAUUUUUUAAUAUUUUUUAAAAAUUUAAAUUAAAAUUAAUAAUGUGAUGGAUUAUAGUAAGAGAAAUAGCGAUUUAAAUAAGUAAAAUGACAAUUUAAAUUAAAAUACAUGAUUAAGUAAACUUAAUAACGUGUCAAAUGAAACAAAGCUCUACAAGAAGUGAACUAAGGGGCGUGGCAAAUAAAACUAAAUAGCAUGACGAAUUAUACUAAUUAAUGACAUGACGAACCAACCUAAACAACACGACCAACUAAAAUAGGUGACAAGACAAGUGAAACUAAAUAACAUGACCAAAUACAACUAAGUGAUAUGACGAAUGAAACUAUUCGACACCUCGCACAGCUACUGGUUUGUGUAUGCUAUACGCUACAUGCAGUGUUAGAAUGAUGUAUGCAUAAAAAGUAACAACACUUGCUGUUUGCAUUUAUUCUUCUCAUAUAUAACAGGAACACAAGAAAAAGAAAACUUAUUUCAGUGUCACGAACAAUUUGCUACCCAACGACCUCGUCUUUACCGAGAAGUAUGCCUUGAAAGCUUCAGAGAGGCGCAGCAAGAGCACUACCACCCUUCUUAAAGAUACAGAAUUUAAAAGUAAUUAUCGAAACGGUCUAAUAAUUAGCCGAGAUGAUUUCAAUGAGCUCUAUGCUAUUCUCAAACAAGAUUGUGAGGUAGGUCAAAUUUAAAAAUUAAAAUCAACCGUAAAUAUAUAUAUAUAUAUAUAUAUAUAUAUAUAUAUAUAUAUAUAUAUAUAUAUAUAUAUGUGUGUGUGUGUGUGUGUGUAUAUAUAUAUAUAUAUAUAUAUAUAUAUAUAUAUAUAUAUAUAUAUAUAUAUAUAUAUAAGGAAAAUGUGUUUAUAUAUAUCAUAUAUAACACACUUUUCUUUCCUUCUGCUGGGAUAGCUUAGUCAAAUAUUAUCUAUAAAAAUAAGUUUCUGGGCUAUUACACCCUUCUCUUAAUUUCUACAAUACGUAGCCUACUAACUCCUGUAUUAUUGAUAAGUCUUGUUGCCUCGCCUAUAGUCUUGUUGCCUCGCCUAUAGUCUUGUUGCCUCGCCUAUAGUCUUGUCGCUGUGGAAAUUUGUUUGAUGUUCAUUCUAUUUUCAUCAAUUUUUUAUUUUUUUUUAAUUAAUUUAUUUUCGUACAAAUUUGUUUACGUAUUCAUGACCCAUUAUAUUAUAUAUAGAUAUCGGACAGAUUUAGAUUUUUUUUUAAAAUUCAUUGUUUUGAUAAAGAUAUUGAGGUAUUGCAGACAACAAUUGAACACUAUAUAUAUUUUUUUUUAAUAUUAAGGUGGAAUCAACUUUUUUUGGUAAUAGAUUAGUGUCCAACAGAAUUGGGGUUAAAUUGAAACGGAUUCUUUCAAUCUCAAUCCCUCUUAACUUUUUUUGUUUUGUUUUUUUAACUUUCUCAACAAAUUGCAUAUAAGUAUACACGUAUUAUCUCUUAGAGUAUUAUCAUUAACUUGAUUUAAAAUGUGUUCUUAGUCAAACGGUUAUCAAGUUUUACUUAAAUGUAGUUUUAGUCCUGUCGGUUGUUUAUUACCGAUAUCGAUCCAUAAUGUCCAAGAAUUCCCACGUUAAGAAAGUGGCGUAGCAAACAGGAGUAGUGUGGGGUUUGUUCCUCGUGGUGGAGUAUUUUUCUUUAUAUUGAGGGGUGGCAUUUCCCGAAAGGGGGGGGGGGGGGGUGGGGGGGGGGGGGGGGAAAUUUUGUGAACACAUUUUCGCCACCCUUGGCGUAGCAAACAGGAGUAGUGUGGGGUUUGUUCCUCGUGGUGGAGUAUUUUUCUUUAUAUUGAGGGGUGGCAUUUCCCGAAAGGGGGGGGGGGGGGUUGGGGGGGGGGGAUGUGACAAUUUGUGAACACCAUUUCGCCACCCGCCGUUUCCUCGAAAAUGGUAUAGAUAGUAUUUAAAUUUAAAAUGAGAUAAAUUAAAUUUAGAGGGGAUUAAAAUACUUAAAUAGAGAGCUUAAAUAUAUUGAGUUUAUACAGCUUUAUAUAAUCUUUUAUACACUAGAGGGAGGCUACAUAAAACGGGCACGUCUCAUUCUGAUAGGAAGCUUUUUGCGGUCGUGAUUACCUGUUUGCAAUUAGGGUUGUGCAAAAUAUAGCGAAUGUGUAACGGUUUUAAGUGGCCCAGCCUGCAUUUUCAAGAGUUGGGUGACACACGUUAUGUUAGAUAAAUCGUAUAUGUUUUUCGGGAUUGUAAAGAUAAGCGAUAAGGAGAUGCUGUGCUGAUGCCACUCAUAAACAAAAUACUUCCAUAAUAUAGUUUUUCACUUAAUAUGGUUGACAUCAUUUUUAAAAAAAAAACGUAAAAUCCAUCAAUGUAACUCUAUACAUUCCAGCAAAAAAAACAAAAAAAAAAACAUGCUAGUGAAAGUAAGGGGACUUUUGCCUCUAGCGUCUGUUCUCUUUGGCUUUUGUCGGAGGAGAAUUUUAUGGUGUUUGGGGGGGAGGGGGGGGGGGUGGGUUGUCAAGCAUUUGUUGAAAGGGCUAAAAUAAUCAAUUUAAUUUUUUUUCUGGUCCAAAUCAAUAAUAUCCCUCUGGUGAUUGUAUGGACCUAACAAACAGACUCAAAACUCAUAACAACAUAUAAGCGUUGACGUUUACACAAAAAGACUUUCUUGAAACAUCCACAUAUUCAAAAUCAACGUGUCUUUAAAUUAUUGCUUUUUUUUCCUUACACAUUUUCUGGGAAAUUUUUUUUAUGUCUGGGAAUCUUCCGGUGCGAAAUGGGCGGAGGCGAAUCAGCCUUAGGCGAAACGGUCCUAGGUGAAAUGGGACGGUGGCAAAUGGCCGGGGUUGAAAUGGGCCGAAAGCGAAAUAGACUGGAGGUGAAAUGGCCAGAUGCAAUAAGGGCUGGUGGCGAAACGGCCUUAUGUGGAAUGGCCCAGGGACAAAGUAACCGAUACUAGUUUUUGUCUACUCAACGCAUAUUAGCUAAAAAGUUUUACAAAAAAAACAGAGUGUUGCAUUUAAAUAUAAAACCACCUAAAACAAAAAAACUUACAAGUAUGAAUUGUCUAUGAUUUCUCAAACAGUUUCUAAAUAACAACAACUGGAUCAAUUACUACCUUUCCGUUGCCAUACAUGAAGUCAAAGGUCAGCAAACUAUCCCUAAACUUGAAAUCGGUCGAGACGCUCUUGAUGGCCGAACCUUACAGAGGGAUUCGUUUGGAAUAGUUGGGUAAAAGUUUUACGUCAUUAUAAUAAUAAUAGUAAUAAUAAUAAUAAUAAUAAACAUAAAAAUAAUUAAAUAACUCGUUUUUUUAUUAUUAACCCCUGGACCAAUUGACGUGUGUUUCAAUACAGAUACCCUUUUAUACUUUAUGGUGUAGUAUAUUAAUUAUUACUUUUACAUAUACUUUGCCUCUUAGAUUCACCGUAUUUUAGAUAGUUUUCAUAACUUGCAUUCUGGGGGAGCCCAACCAUUGGGCUAUUUUCAUGGACCAUGUAAAGUUGUUCAUCCGCUUUACAUUUAGAAAACAUAACAUGACCAAAACUCUUUACAUUUCAAAACUAUUGGUAUCCAGUAACAGGUAAAGAGAUCGCCAUAUACCUGGCACCUACAGUUACCAGAACUUUAUGUUCAAUUAUGUACUGUUACAAAAUUUUAAAGACAUAGAUUAGAUCAAGGCAGUUGACUUUCAAUUAACUGCUAGACAAGAGAUUGACCUUUAGGUCCUUUUUAGGUGGCAUCGUGCUCUUAUAACAGGAAUCGGAUUUUAGCUACUUUUUCAAAGGACGACUUUUUGCCUUCAUCUACAUUUACAAGCUAUUGAUUUCUUUGUGUUAUUCAGAUGUACUGCUCUUGUCCUCUGUCUGCUUUUAAUUAUACGGGUGUUGCUCCGUAUCAACUGUUCAGUUAUAUGCUCUUGUCCUCUAUCAACUUUCAGUUAUAAGCUCUUGUCCUCUAUCAACUGUUCAGUUAUAUGCUCUUGUCCUCUAUCAACUUUCAGUUAUAAGCUCUUGUCCUCUAUCAACUGUUCAGUUAUAUGCUCUUGUCCUCUAUCAACUGUUCAGUUAUAAGCUCUUGUCCUCUAUCAACUGUUCAGUUAUAUGCUCUUGUCCUCUAUCAACUUUCAGUUAUAAGCUCUUGUCCUCUAUCAACUGUUCAGUUAUAUGCUCUUGUCCUCUAUCAACUUUCAGUUAUAAGCUCUUGUCCUCUAUCAACUGUUCAGUUAUAUGCUCUUGUCCUCUAUCAACUGUUCAGUUAUAUGCUCUUGUCCUCUAUCAACUGUUCAGUUAUAAGCUCUUGUCCUCUAUCAACUGUUCAGUUAUAAGCUCUUGUCCUCUAUCAACUGUUCAGUUAUAUGCUCUUGUCCUCUAUCAACUUUCAGUUAUAAGCUCUUGUCCUCUAGCUACUGUUCAUUUAUAUGCUCUUGUCCUCUAUCAACUUUCAGUUAUAAGCUCUUGCCCUCUAGCUACUGUUCAGUUAUAUGCUCUUGUCCUCUAUAAACUGUUCAUUUAUAAGCUCUUGCCCUCUAGCUACUGUUCAGUUAUAUGCUCUUGUCCUCUAUCAACUGUUCAUUUAUAAGCUCUUGCCCUCUAGCUACCAAUCAUUUGAAAAGUAAUUGUCUUAAAUGCGCUCUUUUUUUGGUCAAAGAUCGAUAAUAGAUCAAAUGAUAAUUGCACUGACUAUGGGAAUCGAUCUAUGGCUUCAGUCGCGUUGCUGGUUUUUUUAUUGUUAUAAUUUUGUGUUGAUUUAUUUUUUGUCCUCCGUGCAUAGUGUGAAGCCCUGGUCUGAAUCUCUUACCUCCUGCUUUUGUAAUGUUACUGAAUUGAAUAAUUAAUUUGUUGAUAGGUGCUGCCACUUCCAACCACCACCCCUUCCUGGAAUUGAUUGGGGAACUUUGCUUAUAAUUUCUAGAACCGUCUAUAUAGUGAUAGAAAAUACUCUCUGGCGAUUGAAUUUCUAGCCUUGCUGUUCUGUAAUUGCUCCGAAUCCAUCACUAUAAAUACGAAAGUCGUCUGGGACCGACCGACUCAAGAGACUUGCCAGACUUACAGGAGCCCUACUAGAAUGACUUAGUUUUGUAUCCUGUGUGUAAUGCUUUGUAUUUACACCUUUUAGUAUUACACUGUUUCAUUAACUGAACUGCGAGUUAAUAUAGUUUUUAUUAUUCUCUAUAUUUGAUUUUGGUAUUUUAUAUCAAAUUAAUAGUGCAAUUUAAUUGAUUAUUGAUAAAAUCAGAAUCAUUGUUAUCGCCUGUUUGAUCUAACAAGUCUAAUCUGAAGAAAAACUGAAUUCAUAAAACAAUAUAACGCUACAUGAACACCCAUAAUAGAAUAAAUAGAGUAGGUCACUUUAAACAUGUCCUCGGACAAAGGAGAUGAUUAUCAUAAAACUGGAAAGAUAUUCCGAAAGUAUGUGAGCAUUAGAAGGCCCGGUUGGUACUCAGUCGAUAUCAUUAUUUAUAAUGAAGCUGAUGAUGUUGUCAUAAUAUAAUUUCGUUUGAUUUAACGUUGAAUUGUUCUGUUUCUAGUCAAAGAUCACACGGGAUAAAAGCGACGGGAAACGAAAAAAAACAACUCUUAAUCUUCAUCGGAAUCAGAGGACACUUACUAGAGUACGCGGGGAUUCGAAAACUGGGUCACAGCAUCAUUAAACCAUUUCAGGUAGAAACAAUGUGACAACACGAUUGAUGUCUUGUGCACUAGAAUUAACAAAUCUCUAAACUCCAAUCAACACACACAUACACACACAUACGUACAUAGAUAGAUAGAUAGAUAGAUAGAUAGAUAGAUAGAUAGAUAGAUAGAUAGAUAGAUAGAUAGAUAGAUAGAUAGAUAGAUAGAUAGAUAGUAAGAUAGAUAGAUAGAUAGAUAGAUAGAUAGAUAGAUAGAUAGAUAGAUAGAUAGAUAGAUGGAUGGAUGGAUGGAUGGAUGGAUGGAUGGAUGGAUGGAUGGAUGGAUGGAUGGAUGGAUGGAUGGAUGGAUGGAUGGAUGGAUGGAUGGAUGGAUGGAUGGAUGGAUGGAUGGAUGGAUGGAUGGAUGGAUGGAUGGGUGGGUGGGUGGAUGGGUGGGUGGGUGGGUGGGUGGAUGGGUGGAUGGGUGGAUGGAUGGAUGGAUGGAUGGAUGGAUCGAAGGAUCGAUGGAUGGAUCGAUGGAUGGAUCGAUGGAUAGAUCGAUGAAUAGAUGGAUGGAUAGAUGGAUAGAUGGAUAGAUAGAUCGAUAGAUAGAUAGAUUAGAUAGAUUAGAUAGAUAGAUUAGAUAUAUAGAUAGAUUAGAUACAUAGAUAGAUUAGAUACAUAGAUAGAUUAGAUACAUAGAUAGAUGAUAGACCAAAUUAGUUACAUAAAUACCAAUCAGUAUUUCACUUAACCUUAAAUAUCAAAUACAUAUGUUACCGUAUAAAGUACCUUAUCUUUAAAUAUCAGUCUCAAAAUAUUGAAUUACUAAAUGGCAUAUCUCUGAAAACUAAUCGUACUAUUUCUAAACGUUAAAACUGCAAUAAUAAAAGAUCUUACGUAAACAGGGAGGCCCAAAAGUGAGAACAUCUCUUAUAAUUUAAUAUAGUUACAUCGAAAUGAUUUCAACUGUAUCCUUAAUACAUUAUUUAGCUUUUAAAAAAAAAACACUUAUUUACUUCAGCGCAUUUUUAACUAUAUGUUAUUAAUAUGGUCACCAUAUUUUAUUUUUAAAUUGUCAGUUGUCUGCAAGACUUUGCUACUUUUUCUUCUCUUGGACAAUAUUUAACCAGAGUAAAAAACAAUCAGAGCAUAAGAUAGCAUUCUGAUGGAAAUUUGCGAAUUGAAAAAAAAAAUUAAAAAAAUAAUUGGGUGAAAGACGGAUGAUAAAUGAAUUUCCAAAGUCUAGGUCAUAGCUAGUGUCAGACGGGUUAUUAUUAUUAUUAGUAUUUUGGUAUUUGUGUAUAGAGCUUUCCUUACAGCUCUAAGCGCUUUACAUUAUCAAAAAUAUGUAAACUAUUUAAACUGCCAAAGUAAAAAUAAAAUGAAAAACCAGAGACACUAGAAUAGUAACUACAAUGUGAAAAAUGAUUAUAAAAUUAGUAGCUAAUACAUUAAAAUGGCUAUAAAAACAAGUACACUUGGAACGCUUUGGAAUAUACUUAAAUACAGGAUCAACCUGAGACAGAAAAUGAGGCAGGGCAAGGAAGAAGCAUCACAGGUCAUAGGCGGACCUAAAUAGAUGGGUUUUAAGGGACUUUAUGAAAGUGGACGAGGUUUCACAAUGACGGAUGUGGAAGGGGUGCUGGUUCCAGAACGUGGGCGCAUGGAAGUAGAAGGAGAAAAAAAUUAGCAUAACGAUGUUACCACAGAAAAUAAACCCGCAAGUUGUCGUCUAAAGUCUGCUAGAACAUGACAGAUCAUAGAGCCGGUCAAGACUUUGAUACAAACCUGUCACAAAAGUCCGCUGGAAACUAGAACACGACAAAUCAUAGAGCCGGUCCAGAUGUUGAUUACCCACCCGUCACCAAAUUCCGCGGGAAACUAGAACACGACAGAACAUAGAGCCGGUCCAGAUGUUGAUACAAACCCGUCACAAAAGUCCGCGGGAACUAAAAGAGAAACGGGUGUACUACUGUCGUCUAUGUAAACAUAAUUUAAAACAAGAUUUACAACUUAAGACAUGCAGGCCAGUGAUCUGGGAGGGCGCUCGGCGAAACUUUCACAAUAAAACUUCUGCAACGCUGUAAGCAGUAACUUAAUGAUUUCCCGAGAAGUAUUUUGUUAGAGACGAAAAGAUAUUCACAGUUGACUGUUAAAUUUUCAAAAUGAUCGUAUUGAUCCAACUGAAUUUUAAAAAAAAGCAAUUUCAUGAAAGGAAAUUUACACGAGAAGGAGAACCUUUCACACACGGUAUCAUGGGAACAGUCGGAUGGGGGAAAACUAGUUCUUUGAACAAGAGAACACAGUUAGCUUGGAAUAUUUUUUUGUGAAACUGUUCUCGAGCGAGGUUUGCUAGCUGACAUUCAAGCGACAUGUCUUGGCCGUUACGGAACAUUUAAGCGGGACCCUGCUCCAUUACAUAUAUCCGAUAAACUUUCAGCUAACACACAGUCCUGAUUUUAAAACCCAUUCGAUUAAGCCGUUUGAGGUUCGUUGCAAAAACACGUCUACCGCUGACAAAAAUUUACUACAGUUAAGCAGCUCAAGUAUUUAAAAAAUUUGAAUGGAAUAAUCUACAGCAGCCCUUUAUUGACAGAAACAACGCUCGCGAAAAGUUGUUGAGAAGCAGGGAGGUGGGAGGGACACACUGAACUUGUUUUCUGAUUACCGUAAUACUUGGCAUACACAUGCAAGUGAACAAAUGUUACAUUUAUUCAAUUAUAUUUUUAUAACCAUUUGCUACAAGAUGUUCUCACUUUUUAGGCGGGCAGCAUGUAUAUCUAAAUAACAUGCGCCGUAUAUCAAACUGCCAAUAAUCAUAAUCCUAAAAUAAAAUAAUAUUUAUAUAAAUAUACGAUACUUACAUUCGAUAGUCGAUAUUCCAUAUGAUUUAAUAGCGUUAAAUGUAAUUAAAACCUUUGAUAAUUUCCUUUAAAUUGCAUUUUAUGUAGCUCAACACAGUGACGUGUAGCCCAUCAGAAUACAAGGAACGAUUUCUGAAAGAGUUCCAACAGAAAUGGUUCAAAUCUGAAGGUAACAUGUCUUCUAUGUCAAAAAAAAAUUAAAUAACAUCUUUAUGUCUAAUAUUUAUCGUGGCUUCAAAACCUAGAGUCAAUCCUAAUAUCACCCUACAUGAACCCUCAAAUAACCAACACAUCCGUGUCCACCCCCAUAUUGCCAAAACACUCUAAUAAAACAUCAUAUCACCCAAACACCCGAGUAAACCAUCAUAUCACCCAAACACCCGAGUAAGCUAUCAUAUCAACCAAACACCCGAGUAAGCCAUCAUAUCACCCAAACACCCGAGUAAACCAUCAUAUCACCCAAACACCCGAGUAAACCAUCAUAUCACCCAAACACCCGAGUAAGCCAUCAUAUCACCCAAACACCCGAGUAAACCAUCAUAUCACCCAAACACCCGAGUAAACCAUCAUAUCACCCAAACACCCGAGUAAACCAUCAUAUCACCCAAACACCCGAGUAAACCAUCAUAUCACCCAAACACCCGAGUAAACAAUCAUAUCACCCAAACACCCGAGUAAACCAUCAUAUCACCCAAACACCCGAGUAAGCCAUCAUAUCACCCAAACAACCGAGUACACCCUCAUAUCACCCAAACACCCGAGUAAGCCAUCAUAUCACCCAAACACCCGAGUAAACCAUCAUAUCACCCAAACAACCGAGUACACCCUCAUAUAACCCAAAUACCCGUGUAAACUAUCAUAUCACCCAAACACCCGAGUAAGCCAUCAUAUCACCCAAACACCCGAGUAAACCAUCAUAUCACCCAAACACACGAGUAAACCAUCAUAUCACCCAAACAACCGAGUAAACCAUCAUAUCACCCAAACACCCGAGUAAACCAUCAUAUCACCCAAACAACCGAGUAAACCAUCAUAUCACCCAAACACCCGAGUAAACCAUCAUAUCACCCAAACACCCGAGUAAACCAUCAUAUCACCCAAACACCCGAGUAAACCAUCAUAUCACCCAAACACCCGAGUAAACCAUCAUAUCACCCAAACACCCGAGUAAACCAUCAUAUCACCCAAACACCCGAGUAAACCAUCAUAUCACCCAAACACCCGAGUAAACCAUCAUAUCACCCAAACACCCGAGUAAACCAUCAUAUCACCCAAACACCCGAGUAAACCAUCAUAUCACCCAAACACCCGAGUAAACCAUCAUAUCACCCAAACACCCGAGUAAACCAUCAUAUCACCCAAACACCCGAGUAAACCAUCAUAUCACCCAAACACCCGAGUAAACCAUCAUAUCACCCAAACACCCGAGUAAACCAUCAUAUCACCCAAACACCCGAGUAAACCAUCAUAUCACCCAAACACCCGAGUAAACCAUCAUAUCACCCAAACACCCGAGUAAACCAUCAUAUCACCCAAACACCCGAGUAAACCAUCAUAUCACCCAAACACCCGAGUAAACCAUCAUAUCACCCAAACACCCGAGUAAACCAUCAUAUCACCCAAACACCCGAGUAAACCAUCAUAUCACCCAAACACCCGAGUAAACCAUCAUAUCACCCAAACACCCGAGUAAACCAUCAUAUCACCCAAACACCCGAGUAAACCAUCAUAUCACCCAAACACCCGAGUAAACCAUCAUAUCACCCAAACACCCGAGUAAACCAUCAUAUCACCCAAACACCCGAGUAAACCAUCAUAUCACCCAAACACCCGAGUAAGCCAUCAUAUCACCCAUACACCCGAGUAAACCAUCAUAUCACCCAAACACCCGAGUAAGCCAUCAUAUCACCCAUACACCCGAGUAAACCAUCAUAUCACCCAAACACCCGAGUAAACCAUCAUAUCACCCAAACACCCGAGUAAACCAUCAUAUCACCCAAACAACCGAGUACACCCUCAUAUAACCCAAAUACCCGUGUAAACUAUCAUAUCACCCAAACACCCGAGUAAACCAUCAUAUCACCCAAACACCCGAGUAAACCAUCAUAUCACCCAAACACCCGAGUACACCCUCAUAUAACCCAAAUACCCGUGUAAACUAUCAUAUCACCCAAACACCCGAGUAAGCCAUCAUAUCACCCAAACACCCGAGUAAACCAUCAUAUCACCCAAACACCCGAGUACACCCUCAUAUAACCCAAAUACCCGUGUAAACUAUCAUAUCACCCAAUCACCCGAGUACAUCCCUAUACCAAACAAACACCUUGAAUCAACCAAACACCCGAGUACACUCCCAUAUCACCAACACAUCCGUGUACACCCUCAUAUCGUCCACACACCCAUGUCUACCCCCAUAACGCCAAAACACCCGAGUACAACCUCAUAUCACAAAAAAAAACCUGAGUGCACCCUCAUUUCACCAUAACACCUGAGUACACUUCGUAUCAUCCAAACACCUGAGUACACCCUCUGAUCACUCAGCAGCCCGAGUACACCCUCAUAUCAUUAAAUGCACGAGUACACCGUUAUAUCGCCAAAACACCCGAGUACACCUUCAUAUCACCAAAAAACCUGAGUACACCCUCAUACCAAACACCUGAGUACACCCCCAUACCAAACAAACACCUGAGUACACCCCUAUUCCAAACAAACACCCGAGUACACACUCGUAUCCCUCAAACACCCGAGUACACCUUAUUAUCACCAAAACACCCGAGUACACCCUCAUAUCACCAAAACACCCGAGUACACCCUCACAUAACCCAAACUUACUUUCUCAUUUUCCAAUAAUCCACGAUCUCCUCAUUCCUAUGCCCCCCCCCCUUUUUGGCGCUACCCUUCAACAUUCCAUACUGCCUUUACUUGACAGCAGCCUCCGUGUAACAAGGUAGGCAAUGGGUCCAGUGUCAUCGUUAGUGUUAGCCACUGGACACUGGGUUUUAGCAGUGUUUCAAUUUCAAUAGAUAUUGUCAAAUUAAUAUUUUAAAGUCGUCCCAUUUAAAUAUAAAGGCUUUAGUAUAUAUAAAAGGAACUGAAAUUAGUUUCCCUGUGCCCGUCAGUGGUGAAUAUUAUCAGUUCAGACCCUCAAGUAUUUCAAUAAAGAUAUUAAAGUUACACUGUACUUAUUUUGGUCUAGAUCCUUCCCAAUAAUUGUAAUUUUAUUCAUAUGGCUCAUUUUUUAAAAAAAAUUUGGCCACCAAGCCUAAACGGUAUAUUUUUAUGAAAAAAAUAUUACUUUUUAAGAGAGGGUAAUAUCUGUGUAUCCCAAGUUGGAUCAUGAGCCAUUAAUCCAUGUAGAGCCGUAUGCGGUACAAACAGGCAUAAUUUACCAUUUAUAUAGCACAUAAAUAUCAUAGCAGAGGAUACAUUGAUGAAUAUUUGAAGCCUCAGUGUGAGAUAGAAACAAAUUAACAUUGACGAUAUUCAGUUGCUUAAAACUCACCAUUAACACAAUAAUAAAUGCGGAUUGGAUAGUUUACGGUAUUUCAUUGUUCCGUGUCCUGCACCGAUUUUUUUUUUACUGUGACAUUAUUGUAUCUUUAUCUGGUCUAAGUAGAGAACAAAAAUCUAGACAUAAACGUAUCAUGUAGUGAAUCAAAUAAAAUACCGACGUUGAAGGACUUUUUAGUAGAUAGCUAAGUCCUUUUACUUAUUUUUGUUAGUGGUCAAAUCUUGCUUCUUAAUAUGGCCAGACUUCCUGAUCUCAAAAUCAGAUGAAACAAAGUAAUUGAGUUCAUGGGUGACCAACGCUUUCUUAGGAUAGGAUCCCCGCCAGUCGACUAUUCCAUUGAGGCUAUUGUAAAUAUCCUAUUGAUAGGGGCUCUAUUCAAAUUAUUCAGUUAAAAUUUGAAGUAUGCCAGUGGACAUUCAUUUUUAAAUUUUAGUACAUUUUUGGAGAGUCCUGUUUCUUAUUUUGUUUUGGGUAGCCGAGAAUUGAACGGGCACACGACCGUCCCUUGACAGCCCUAAAGAGGUUGAGGUUGUCUGUUGUUACUGCAGCUACCGAGAGUGGGGGGGGGGGGGGGCUCCAAUUGUCUCGAGUCGUCACUGGCUGAUACCUUCAGAAUGAACUGUCAAUUAGCGGGUAUAGUGUCCAAACUAGUGGUUUCCUUAUGGUGCACCGGAGCUCAGGAUACCUGACGCUCGCUCAAGAAUGCUCCUAAACACGACUAACUAGUAAGAUAUACGGUUGGCCUUAGGAGACAACCCGUCAAGUCAUAAAGGUAGGCUAAGGCAAGAGGAGACAACUCCUCAAGUCAUAAUGGUAGGCUAAGGCAGGAGGAGACAACCCCUCAGGUCAUACUGGUAGGCUAAUGAAGGAGGGGAAAACCCCUCAAUCAAGUCAUUGUAGGCUUCAAGACUCCCCAAAAGGAAACUCAUUAAAAACUUCGCUCCACCAGUCACAGAGAUUGGGAACAAACAUGCCUCAAGGAUAUAUUCUUUAGGAAACUACACCAUCUUAAGGCUCCUCCGAACCCCCAACAACAUCAUCUGAAGGCUCCUCCCCCCCCCCCCCCCCCCCCAACUACAUCAUCUUAAGACUACUCCAUCUCCCCCCUCCAAAAUGGAAGUAACUGAAUAUUCUGAAAAUGACAUGCCAAUCAGAAGGAUGUCCCACCCCCACCUCCCAUAUUCACAAGUAUCUAAUGAAAUAGAUACAUAUUUUUUUUAUUAUUAUAGCAUUUGAUAAUGAAAUGACAUUGGUCUUAACUUUACAAAUUGAUUGCGCAUAGAUCAUACAACUUUCUUAACUAAUAAAUAUAGCCCAUAAUAAAAUGUCUCUUAUUUCAUAAAUACAGAUAAUGAAGAGACCAAAUGUUAAAUCGACCAUGUCAAUGUCUGCAAAGCUCAAUAGAACAUCUUGCUGAUUGCAUGCGACUUUAUAUUAUACAUCAUGUAUGAUUUGUUAUGCGGAACAAAAUACUCAUGGGUGAACUUGGAGCUACCAAACAGUUUUGUCAAAGAAGUCAUCCCUUUUAGGAUCAAAGUUUGAAGAGGAUCAAAACGAUCAAUCGAAUGUUGUCGUGUUCUGGACAGUUUCUUGAAAAGAACACUAUGAAUCUUGAUUUUUUUUGAUUUUUUUAUAUUUGUUUUGGUGUUAUUUUCAUUGUUGGUCAAUAUUAUAAACUUUUGCAUUAGUUAAUUCUUUAAAGGAACAUUUUGAAGCAGUUUUCGUUUUGGUUUUGACGUCAAUCAUUUUCAAGUUUGCAUUCGUUUAUAUUUAGUUAAAAGAACAUUUAGAAAAAUUUUCAUAAAAAAUAUAUUUUUAUAUUUUUUAAUUUGCAUUUCAAUCAUGUUUACUUUUCUAUUACUUGUAUAUAAGAAUUUGUUUUAGAAAUGUUGAUAAGCCUUUCACAUCAUUUUAAUUAUUAUCAUUGUAAUAUCUUUAAUCAGAAUAAUCAUUUUAAUCCAUGUAGUAAUGCACAAGGCGUGCAUACAAUCAGCUGACCCGGUGCUGUCGCGUUUGCCUUGCAGCCUCUGCUGCACCACGGAACCUCCGAUAAGGAAAUGCCCCAAUUUU